CGUCAGUCUGCUUCCUAAACUGUGAGGAUGAGGUGGUGUCGCGCUCUUUAAAGACUGAUAUGUAAAUAAAGUGGAAAAAAAGUUCAGGAUGGAAAGCAACAGUCUUUGCAACAGCCUACUGAAAUGGCUGGAGACGUUCCCGGGUCGUGAGGGAACCUCUGUGCCUCAGCUGACCGAUGGCGUCGUCAUGGCAACCGUCCUUCACCAGAUCGCACCCGAGUAUUUCUCCCAGUUCUGGUUGGCGAAGAUUAAGGAGGACGUCGGGGACAAUUGGCGCCUUAAGGUGUCCAACUUGAGGAAGGUGCUGCAGGGCAUCGUGGAUUACUUCCAGGAGCAGCUCAACCAGAACAUCAAGCACUUCCCGCUCCCGGACCUCAACAAAAUAGGCGAACACAACGAUGAAGUGGAGCUCGGGAGGAUGUUGCAGCUGAUCCUUGGCUGCGCCGUCAACUGCGAGAGCAAACAACUGUACAUCGAGGCCAUCAUGAACAUGGAGGAGCGCGUGCAGAAGGUGAUCAUGGAGGCCAUCCAGGAGCUGAUGCUGAGGGAGAGCUCCCCGGGAAUCCUCGGCCACGACGGCGACCCGCGGACGGAACUCGGGCCCGCGUCCUUCCACCCGCACAUCAAGACAGUCCUGGAGCAGCUGGAGGCCGCCACACAGACCAAGGACGAGAUGAUGCAGAGGUGCCUCGAGCUGGAGCAGCAGCUUUCUGUAUUGAAUGAAGAGAAGAGCGCGUUAUCAGCUGAGAACGAGAAACUGUUAAAUCGACUCGAUGCCCUAGAGACGGGAGGGGACUUGGGCACUUCGACCCUGCGCUACAAGGACCUCAAGAAGCAGAUCGACGGGCUCCAGGAUGAGCUCUAUAAACUGGAGACAUCCCGAGACGAAUACCGAACAAAAGCCGAUGUCCUGGAGAGAGAGAACCAGGAGAUCCAGACACGAAAUGAGGAGCUGCAACAACUGGCAGAUGAAGCAAGAUCACUCAAGGAUGAAGUUGAUGCUCUAAGAGAGAUGAGUGAGCGUGCAGUAGUCUAUGAGGGCACAAUGGAGACAUACAAAAAGAAGUUGGAAGAGCUGAGUGACCUCAAGCGGCAGGUUAGGAUCCUUGAGGAGAAGAACUCAGAUUAUAUGCAACACAAUAUGGAACUAGAAGAGGAGGUUAAGAAGAGUGGAACAUGGAGACCUCAACUGGAUCUCUACAAAAAGCAAGUUGCUGAAUUGCAUCAGAAGCUGGCUGAUGAAGCCAAAAAGACAGAUCGUCAGAUAUUUGAGAACAAGAAACUUGCUGAAAAAAUGGAAGCCAUUACCCAGGAGAAAGAUCGACUUACAAUGGAACGAGAUCAACUCAAAGAAAGUUUGGAAGAGUUGAAGUGUCACAUCUCUACACUGACCUCGCCAGACACAACAUCUCGUCCUCCAUCGGAUCUUUCAGAUGUUGACUUGCUGGAAGUUAUUCCACAUGACAUUAGGCAAAAGCUUAUAAGACUUCAGCAUGAGAACAGCAUGCUGAAACAGCGUGCAGCAGAAGGAGACAGCUCAGAACAAUUGCCAGUGCUGCAGACUUUGGUUUCUGAUCUUCAGGAGCGACAAAAUUCAUUAACACAGGAGAACAGACAACUGAAUCAUCGCAUUAUGGAGCUAGAGAGUGAGGUGGAAGAGGCAAAGGCAUCAUCAGUUAUGGCUCCUAUGGCCAUGGCUGCAGCAUCACCAUCAAGGUCUUCAGGAGGAAAGAAUGGUGAUUUAGAUAGAAAGAUGGCAGAACAAAGUGAGAGGAUUGCAUCACUGGAAGAAAGUCUUGCAAAGAAGGAGAGUGAGAUGGCAGCCAUGGAAGAGAGGUACAAAAAAUAUCUUGGGAAGGCCAAGUCUGUCAUCAAGACACUUGACCCCAAGCACAACCCAGCUCUUGUUCCUGAUGUCUCAAACCUCAGGUCGACCAUCCACGAAAAGGAGCGCAUUAUUGAGAAUUUGGAGCGUGAAAAUGAGAAGACCAAAAUGAUACGUGAUAUGGAAGAAAAGCUGAUUACCACUGCCUUCUACAAUUUUGGCAUGCAAAUGCAUAGGCAGAUGAUAAAUCAGCGGCUCACCACAAUGGACCAGGGUCAGUCCUUCCUCUCACGCCAGCGCCAGGCAUCUUCCCGUCGUGUCCCCAUGGGUAGCAAUGUUGGCAACAGUGAGUUUUAUGACUAUUAGCGACAGCGAUUGUGUGGUUCGCGCCCCAUCCCCAUGCAUGACAUACUCCGUCCAGUAGUCAGUUUGAAGACAUGCGGAUCAGCUGACUCCGUGUGUGUUCGUAGUACAGAAUAGAUAGUAUUAUACAAUCAAAUCUUUCAAAUUAGGAUAUCAAUGUGAUAAAUAAAAUUUCUGUAUUUUCAGCAAAGUAUUGAAUUUUACAGCAAAGGAAUUAAUGAAUGGUAAACAAGCAUGUUUAAAAUGACAUAAUUAAAUAUAUUGUUUCUUUACUUUUUCCAAAAUUGAUUCUCAAUGUAAUACUGAGACAGCAAAAUGAGUUGGAGUAAAAUAUGAAAAGGAUGGGCAUUGAUUGAACCCCUUUUAAUUUCUGAAUCGUACUUUGGUUCUAUAAAGUUGUAGUUAGCCUUUAAAUAUGUUACUUUAGUUACAAAACGAGUUUAGUUAGCACCUCACCAUGGAGAAUUUCUGCACAGGGUGUUGGCACACAAAUUAAUGACAGAGAGCAAUAAUAUAUCUAACCUGCACAAAAUUUGUAGACUGAUUCUGUGCCUGUGCUCCAAAAUGUUACCUUUGGGGGGAGUCUAGAAAAGACACUGACCAAAGAAUGAUGGGACGAUUCUUUCAUAGCAACAGUGUAUAUCAAUUUUCAUUCUGAUGAUGUGUGUUAAGUGAUUAUUAGUGUAUUAUUAUUAUUUUUUUUUUGUAUGAAGUAAUUAAAAAAAAAAAUACGAUUCAUGUGCUUUAAUCAAGCAGCAUUGUUGCACAAACUUAUUUCACAUUUUUAAAUUUUACAAGCUUGAAUUACACCAUGUAAAUUUGUUCUAUGUUGUGUAUGUUGCAUAAUAUUGAAGAGUAUAUGAAAAUGGUACUUAUAAAUGACAUGUACUCAUAUAAAUGUGAUAUCUGAAAGUAAAUGUUGAGUUAAUAAUUUGGAGAUAUACUUACAUGAGCAUACCAAGUGUCCAAAAUGUAUUUUGUAAGUAACUGAUGUAGAGGUGUGGGAAUCUUUUUUUUUUUUUUUUUUAAGUGUAAACAGUGUCCCUGUUAUAAACUUCUCCAUAUGUUUAACAAUUUUAUUUUAAGUCUUUUGUUCUAUAUACUUGGAUAGAUACUAAAUUUUCAGUUACUUGGGAAGAUGGCAAACCAUAUAUAUGGCAUCAGGAUAUGAAGUGCUGUCAUUUAAAUGCAGGUUAUUCAUGCCUUCCUACUUUAGGUUUUAAGGUUAAGCUAUUGGUUAGGUUUUAUAAUGUAGAAAAGUCUAAAUAAAUAAACAUUAGUUAUCUA